UAGACCUCUAUGUUCUAGACUUCCAGACUGCUACUGACAACAACUCCAGUGAUUUGAUCUUUUCUGACAAAGGGAACGUGCCAUUUUUUAACAUCAUGAUCCUGCACAUUCUAUAUCAGUGUUUUGAUUUUAAAAGCUGGAUCAUUUUAAGUUUUGUUUUACUGCUUCUUGCAGAUAUUAUCAAAUAUAGGAAUCCUUCCAGGUUCCCUCCAGGACCCUGGCCUUUACCAUUCCUGGGAAAUGUCUUCACUGAGCUAGAUUUUAAGAACAUGGAUAAGUUGGCCGAUGUCUACGGGAAGGUGUUCAGCCUAAGAGUGGGCAGUGAUAAAAUGAUAAUCGUGUCUGGAUAUAAAAUGGUAAAGGAGGCCCUCAUUACUCAGAUUGACAGUUUCGUUGACCGUCCAAAUGUCCCACUGUUUCAUAAAAUUUUUAAGGGACUUGGUACAAUACUGAGUAAUGGAUACCAGUGGCGAAUGCAUAGGAAGUUUGCCGUCUCCCAUUUGCGGGCCUUUGGAGUGGGAAAGGAAAGUCUUGAGCUCAGGAUCCAACAAGAGUGUGUCUACCUUUGUGAUGCGUUUAGGACAGAAAAGGCUCCUUUCAACCCCAUGGUCACCUUAAACAGUGCUGUUUCAAAUAUCAUCUCGUGCUUGAUAUUUGGACAACGUUUUGAUUAUCAUGAUGAAUGUUAUCAAAGAAUUCUGCGUCUUGACACCGAAUGCAUUCAGUUAGCAGGCUCUCCUAGAGCACAGCUGUAUAAUGUGUGUCCUUGGCUCUUGGAAUAUUUACCCGGCCCCCACCAGACCAUUUUUUCCAACUAUAAGAAGAUCACAGACUACCUGAGAGGAGAGAUCAUCAAACACAAAGAGGACUGGGACCCUUCAAACCCACGUGACUUUAUAGACAACUACCUGACUGAAAUGGAAAAUAAAAAGAGUGAUCCCGAGGCUGGUUUUAACAUAGAAGGGUUAGUGGUGUCUUGUCUUGACCUAAUUGAAGCCGGGACAGAAACUGCAACUACAACAUUGCGCUGGGGUCUGCUUUUUAUUAUCAAGUUCCCAGAAAUACAAGAAAAGGUCCAGGCAGAGAUCGACAGGGAGAUUGGACAGUCCCGUCAACCUUGCUUAGCUGACAGAGUCAAUAUGCCAUACACUGAUGCUGUCAUCCACGAGAUUCAAAGAUUUGGGAAUGUUGUUCCCCUGGGAUUCCCUAAACAAGCUGUUAAAGACACAACACUAGGGGGGUACUUCAUUCCUAAGGGCACCUCUAUGACAGCAAACCUGUCUUCAGUCCUGCAUGAUCCAAAUGAAUGGGAAACCCCAGACACCUUUAACCCAGGACACUUCCUGGACGAAAAUGGCCAGUUUCGGAAGAGAGAUGCCUUCCUACCGUUUUCAGCAGGUAAGAGAGCGUGUUUGGGAGAGCAGCUGGCUCGUCAGGAGCUCUUCUUAUACUUCACCUCCCUGCUGCAGCAAUUCACCAUCUCCAAAUGUCCAGGAGAGGAACCCAGUUUGGAGGGCGAGAUCUGGUUCACAUAUGCUCCUGCUCCCUUCCGCAUUUGUGUGUCCUCACGUUAGAGUGUAUAUAUAUAUAUAUAUAUUUCUUAUGUAUAAUCUUAAAAAAAAAAAAAAUCUUUUUUACUAUUAUAUAUGUUUAAAUGCAUGGAUGAAUAGAAAGCAAUGUAUCAAAUAAUACUCUAUUUUUCAUAUUUACAUUAUGACUUUGGCUCUGGUUCAAAUUUCUUCUUUAGUUUUUCUGCUUGGAACAACAGGAUAAUAACACUGGAUUUAUGAAAUUAUCAUUCCACACUGUUAAUACCCCUAUAAGACCCUCCCUCAAAAAAAUACAGCUUCCAAUAAGAAGAAAAAACAACAACAACAAUACAAUAUUGAUAUCUUAAACAAAGCAUUUUGCAUUUGCAUUUGGGUGCGCUCAGCUUAAGUGUCUUGAGAGUUAGCCAGAAAAUAAUCUAAAAAGGGUUGCCACAGUUUUCAACGGUCCUUAAAGAACCAGUCUGUGAUGGUCUGUUUUUUUCCAAUUUAAUGCAAGUGAACGCGUCUUUCAGCCAUGUAUCAAUAGAAGGGGGUGCGGCAUGUUUCCACUUCAAAAGUAUGAGAUGAAGAGAGCUAGAGCCUUUUUAACCGUUACUGAAAAGUUAGCGUCAACAGUCAUCAUCAGAAGUGGAUUUGUCAGGUUUGGUUUUUGAGUGUUUUUCCCACCCUGAUUAUUUUCCAAACACAGCCUAAAUAUGCUAUAAUUUGAACAAGAAACAACUAAGCAUGUUUAUAAGUAUCUUUUAUGGUAGAAUAUCUACUCAGUUGCAUGAUAAUUAUAUAAAUGCUACAUACUCAAGAAAAAGACUUUCUGCAGUGUAGAAUUUUAACAGAAGAUAUUGAAUUAAAAA